AUAUUAUUAUAUGUAAUACAUAUUAUGCCAUAUUAUUAUAUGUAACUAGUUUUUCUUUGUUAUAUGUAAGGUUUGAGUACAAAGAUUGCAGGUUUAUUAAUUUAACCCUGCAGAGGUCGUGGUACUAAAAAUUUUGCCGUAGAUCGUGAUAUAUCCGACGAAUAUACAAUAACAAACGCUAAUCCUAUUUUAUAGACUGUUAACCUUUUUUCAUACAUAUAUUCUAUAAAAAUAUAAAUUCUUAUGCAAAAAUAGAUACAAUUUAUCAUUAUUAAAAUGUCAAAUAUCUAUAACAUAUAUGUAUAACAAAUGAUAGUACUAUAUACUCGUAAGUAUAGAAAUAUCUUAGAUCCACAGUAAUAAACGAAAUAACAAAAAUAUUUUUUAAAUCGACGAUCUGUACGUGGAAUAUAUAAAUUUCAUUUGUUAUAACAGCUGUUUUUGGGGGCAAGCUUUGCAACGCAUCUGUUUAAAAAUGUUUACAAAUCAACUAGGAUCUCCACAGGGUUAACAAAGUGAUAUUGUUGUAUAUUGUAUAUAUACUCUGCAGUUAUUGGAAAAUCUCUUAGCAUCGUAUUUCUAUCGGAGAUGGUUGGCUGUACCAUUAUAAUAUGCUUCCUAGAAUUUGGCGUGAUUAUGGAAUGGGAAGAUCAUAAAACAUUCAGUACAGUAACAUAUUUCGUAUUAAUGACAUCGAUGUUUGUAAACGUGUUUAUAAUAUCAUUCAUUGGUGAUCGUCUCAAACAAGAGAGCGAAAGAAUAGGAGAAACAACGUACUUUCUGCCAUGGUACGAUUUUCCGUUGAACGAAGUUAAGAAUGUAAGGACAAUCAUAUUAAGAACUAGAUUACCAUCGAGUUUGUCUGGGGCUAAUAUAUUAGAUCUCUCGCUUCAAGCAUUUUGCGACGUGGUUAAAACUUCAGCAGCAUAUUUCAAUGUUCUGCGUGCAAUGGCGGCAUGAAAAUUCACGCAAAAACAGAUUUCGACUAUAUUCAACAACAUAUACGAAAAUAAAUGUGAUUAAGAGUAAAUAUUAACACAUUACACAUGAAACUGUUUUAAAAAAGAUAAUAAACAUUUUCUUUUUGUUUAUUUCUCUCCUU